UGGACGGGCCGGGUCCCCUAAAGCGGGCAGUGGCUUGGGGAAGGCGGGGUCGCUGUGCUCCGCAGCUCCUCCGGAAAAGUUUGCACGGGAUUCAGUUGGUGCGCAGCGGGCGGCUGGAGUCCCAGCACUGCGGGCGUGGCGACCGUCCCGCGCCCGGUCCGCUCCUCCUCCUCCUCCUCCUCAGUCGCAGCCCGGGCCGCCGCGCGCCGCCCCUUCGCCGCCGACUGGCUGCGGGCUGCGGCCGGGGCGGAGACCUGUAGCCGUCGUCGCGGCGCCCUCCGGCAGGGACCGACCCGCAGGUGGAAGCGCCCCGGGGAGGCGGGGCCGCCCCCGGCUGCCGUGGGUCGAGGCGGGCUCUCGGCCCGGCCGCUCCCGCCCUGACCCGCCGGCCUCUCCCACCCCAGUAGUGACGCGCCGCCUCCGAGCCCGAGCCCGCGCCGCGGCCAGCAGCGCGAUGGACCGCAGCGUCUCGGAUCCGGUACCCCGCAGCGCGCCCCGCACCCCCGCGACGCAGCCCGCGGGCUCCGCAGGGAGGAAAACAAAAGCGAAGGCACCUCUUCCUCCGGCCGAGACAAAGGGGACGGAUGUCUCUUCUGCUGAGGACCCUGUAGAAUCUACUGCUGUCAUUACAGAGCAACAAGACAACAUGAUAGAUAAAGAUAUUGAGCUCUCAGUGGUCCUGCCGGGAGAUAUUCCCAAGACUACUACUGUUCAUGGCAGUAAGCCAGUGAUGGACUUGCUCGUGUUCCUCUGUGCACAGUAUCACCUAAAUCCGUCAAGUCACACGAUUGAUUUGCUCUCUGCUGAAGAGAAUCUUAUCAAAUUUAAGCCAAACACACCAAUAGGAAUGCUGGAUGUAGAGAAGGUAAUUUUAAAGCCAAAAUCUCUGGAUAAGAAAAAGCCUACACCUAUAAUCCCAGAGAAAACUGUGAGAGUAGUGAUCAACUUUAAGAAAACACAGAAGACCAUAGUGAGAGUUAGUCCCCACGCACCGCUUCAAGACCUUGCUCCCAUUAUAUGCAGUAAAUGUGAGUUUGAUCCAUUGCAUACAGUGUUGUUGAAGGACUACCAGGCUCAGGAGCCCCUCGACUUGACGAAAUCUCUUAAUGACUUGGGACUAAGAGAGUUAUAUGCCAUGGAUAUCAGCAGAGAGUCCUGCCAAAUAUCACACAACCCGGACAUUGUGAAGGAGAAAGAAAACAAAGGGAUUUUCAGCUUUUUCCAACGCAGCAAGAAAAAGCGAGAGCAAACUGCCAGUGCUCCUGCAACCCCACUAGUGAGCAAGCACCGUCCAUCUUUUACGAGGUCCAACACGAUUUCCAAACCCUACAUUUCCAACACGCUGCCCUCGGACGCACCCAAGAAGAGGCGUGCCCCACUGCCACCGAUGCCCCCAUCCCAGGGUGCUGCUCAAGGCCAGGAGAGACGAGCGUCUUGUGUGGAGAGGUCCACCAGUGUGGAUGGCUCAGAUAAGAGUUCCUCUGAAGCCUUCAUGGUGAGAACAGGAUCACUGCAGCUCAGUAGCACAUCGGUAGGAACUUCGUCUCUGAAGAGAACGAAGCGAAAAGCACCUGCCCCACCUUCGAAAACCCCCCUGGCUCAGACUGAUGAAAGGAACUCGGCAGUGGCUCAUGGCCUACCUUUGGAAGAUGGAAUCGCUCCAGACAGCAUGUUGGAAAUGAGCUCUCCUGAGGGAAUGUCCACCCCAGAGGGCUCCCUUGGCCCCGGGUUCCUAAGCCAGGAGCAGUGUGCUGUGCCCAAGGCGACGGAUGAAAUCUCUGAGGGCCCUGGAACUCCAGAGGCAGCUGUAGCAUCCUUGACCUCUGGUGUAAGCUCUGAUUACAGUCUUGAGGAGAUAGAUGAAAAGGAAGAACUGGGCGAGGCAUCUAAAGAUCAGGCUGGAAGUAUUUCUGUGAAGUCUCCUGACAUUGCUUCAUCUACUGAUAUGAGAAUUACAGUGGAGAAUGAUCCUGAUUCAGCCCUUGGCAUCAGUGAUGGAGAGACCUCUCCAAGUCCCAAGGGAAAAGCUCAGGAAGGCAGAAGCACCGAGGGGCAAGGGCCAUAUCAUCCUGUUGUAUGCCACAUAGGCAAUGAGGACCAAGGAUCUGACAGUAUAAAAGACGUGAAGACAUUGGGCCCAAACCAGGAGAAUGUUCAAAAUGAAAUCAUGGUCUGUGCCACAAGCACAGAUUAUGUGAAAAACAGACCGGGGAAAAUGGAAACCACUGUCGAAGGCGAAGCUCUGAAGAAAGCCAGCGACAUGGAAACUGAUAGAUUGUCAGGCUCUCCGGCGUGCAGAACGGACAAUGUUAAAAGUUCGAGGGAAAAUCAUCUAACAGCAUCACCAGGACCAGAUCAAAAAUGGAAUCAACCAGGUGUAGAGAAGACAAAAAUGCAGGAUGCAGCAAUUCAGGCCACCCCUGCCCACAGCACUGUUGAUGGGAAUCAUGAAGCCCGUAAUUCAUCUGACCCCAGGGUUGAUGAGACUGUGCAGACCUCAGAUAACAGCAUAUCAACUCAGCCCUCCUCUGCAAGUCUCCAAGAUUCUGUAAAUGCCUCAAGAGAAUUCACGAGUCAGGGCACCUCAACAUAUGUACAAGAUAGACUCCCUGAGAAAGAGCCAGCUUGUACCUAUGGGAACAAUGACCCUUUGUCGCCCGUAGAUAGAAGUGAUAAGAAUCCAGCUGCUUCUUACUUAAAGAACUUUCCACUUUAUAGGCAAGAUUGCAACCCCAAGCCAAAACCUUCCAAUGAAAUUACGAGAGAGUAUAUACCUAAAAUUGGAAUGACUACUUACAAAAUAGUACCUCCGAAAUCCCUGGAAAUGGUGAAAGACUGGGAAUCAGAAGCAGUGGGGAAGAAAGAUGACCAAAAGAUGCUUGCUGUAGGGCAGACGCAUACGAUUGAGAAUGUGACAGAAACUGCCAUGCAAACAGAAGUCCCUGUUACUUCUAAAAGCUCACAGCAGCCUCAGCUUGACCUUAAACCAAAGCCCAGCUCAGGAAGAGAGCAUCAUUUGCACAGGACUUUGAGCUCACCAACUGGUACCGAGGUGAACCCUCCCAAACCACCCAGAAUGACUGCGGACAUUGGCACCAUUCCUUUUGCACCAAAUUUGGAAGAUAUAAACAAUAUUUUGGAGUCAAAAUUUAGAUCCCGAGCUUCAAAUCCCCAGGCCAAACCAAGUUCGUUCUUUUUGCAGAUGCAAAAGAGAGCGUCAGGCCACUAUGUGACAUCUGCAGCUGCUAAGAGCGUCCACACUGCCCCUGGGCCUACCCCUAAAGAACCAACAAUCAAGGAAGUGCAAAGGGACCCACAGCUUUCCCCAGAACAGAGUCUUUCUCCCUUAAGUGAAAGGACUCACUCUGCUCCUCUGCCCAAUGUUACAAAAGCUGAUGAUGAUAUAAUUCAGAAGCCUGCCGAGACCUUGCCUCCUCCUGUAGCUCCCAAGCCUAUGACUCUUCCUGCCGAGACCUCUCCUCCUCCUGUAGCUCCCAAACCUAUGACUCUUCCUGCUGAGACCUCUCCUCCUCCUGUAGCUCCCAAACCUAUGACUCUUCCUGCUGAGACCUCUCCUCCUCCUGUAGCUCCCAAACCUAUGACUCUUCCUGCCGAUACCUCUCCUCCUCCUGUAGCUGCCAAGCCUGUGGCUUUUCCUGGUAGUCAGGGAGCAUCACUAAACCUGAAGACCUUGAAAACAUUCGGGGCCCCAAGACCAUACUCCAGUUCUGGCCCCUCACCCUUUGCCCUUGCUGUGGUGAAAAGGUCCCAGUCAUUCAGUAAGGCAUGCCCAGAGUCAGCCAGUGAAGGCUCCUCUGCCCUGCCUCCAGCUGCCACACAGGAUGAAAAGACACAUACAGUAAAUAAGUCUACGGUGGGCUUCCGACAUGGUGACGUUGAUAAGCAAAAUAAUCCGGUACAGAAUGAGCACAGCCCUCACAUGCUGACUCCAGCCGAGGGCCCGUCGUUCACCCUUAAGAGACAGAGUUCCCUAACAUUCCAGAGCUCUGACCCAGAGCACGUCCGGCAGAGCUUGCUCACUGCGAUCCGGUCUGGAGAGGCUGCUGCCAAGUUAAAGAGAGUUACUGUUCCAUCGAAUACAAUAUCUGUGAAUGGGAAGUCGGGCCUCAGCCAGUCCAUGUCCAUUGAUGCCCAGGACAGUCGCUAACAUUACCCUGCUGUGACACACUUCACCGACCAGCUUUCUGCCUACAAGAAAUAUUGACAAAUAUAUAUUCAGAUGUACAUUAAUAUAUAAAUCUGUUCAAGAGUAAACAUUUGUAUUAUGGAUUUAAUGCCAAAAGAAAAAUGAGUAGAAUCUAUAAUUUAUAAUAAUUUUUGACCUUUUUGUUACAGCUAAAUACUGCUGCUUUAGAAAUAUUAAUCAAGGUGUAAAUGACUUGGUUUUUUCCAAUGAUGAACAAUCACUGCUUAUGUUUUUUUUCUUAUGGAUACACUGUGUACCAUGAAACAAAGGGGUAAAUUGAGAUUUAUAGACAUACUGUAUGACACGGAAACAGGCAAGCACAGACUAACAUUUACUGCCUCAGCAUUGGGCUAUAAUUAGAAAGAUAAAUUAUAGUACGGCCUUUGUUGCUGAAAGACGUGGAAGACUAGUAAAUCAAAUAGAUAAUGUUCAGUUAUUUUUAUUGAAGAAUCACUAUGAGACUUAUUUUAUGUAUUCUUUAAUUACAAGUGUCAGCUCUGUAGGUAACAGUUGAGUACUUUUAAAUGGAACACUUUAACCUUCAGAAGUAAAAUUGCACAAGAAGACUUUAAGAUAUUUUCUGUAUAUAAUUAAAUGAUGUUGUUACACAGAUAUUACAUAUUUUCUAAUGCCAGAAGCCUUAAAAUAUUCCUGUGAAAAUGUUGAUACAUUGUGACAGUUAUUUCUCUUUUGGUAUUAGGAGGAAUUGAGGGUUAGUUUAUGUCCACAUUCAAAACAUUGAAGUCAGACAUUUGCAAAAUCCUGAUUUUUUUAAUUAAAGAAAAUGCUAAGUUAGUCAUUUAUGUAGCUCAGAUGCUAGCCAUCUAAAUAAUAAUAUAUAUUUUACUGAAAGCCAAAAUAGUCGAGAGAAACAGUACUUGAUGUGUCAGCUUCCAGUGGCCCAGAAGUUUAGAACGUGUUAGUGUCCUGGACUUUCUUAAGAAUUUAAUUCCUCUUUUAUUCAAAAAACUACUCAAGCACCUGACACUGUUUGAACUUUUUACUAAAGCUACUGGAGUGUCUGUCAUUCUGACACAUGUGAACCUUUUUCUGUUUAAUAAAAGCAAGUUAUAUGUUUGCAGUCUGUUUCCUGUGUAGCCUGUGUUAACAAGCAUAUUUGAAUACCUGACCUGAAGCACAUGUAAAUCUCUUUUUUUUUCUUUUCUGUUUUCUUUUUUCUUUUCUUCUUCUUUUUUUUUUUUUUU